AUGGAAUGGUUGAAGAAAAAGAACCGUAAGUCGUUUAUCCUAAAGAUUGAUUUCGAAAAAGCGUAUGAUAAUGUGAAUUGGAAUUUUUUGUUGUCUAUGAUGCACCAAAUGGGUUUUAAAUCAAGAUGGGGUAAGUGGAUAGAAGGAAUAUUGAAGGCAUCUAGAUCCGCGGUUCUUGUGAAUGGGUCUCCAACCUUCGAAUUUAAUUGUGAAAAGGGUCUUCGUCAAGGCGACCCUAUUUCACCAUUCUUAUUCCUUAUAGUGAUGGAGGCGUUGUCUUGGUUGUUGAAAAAAGCUCAAGAGAUUGGGGUCCUUAAAGGUAUUAAUUUUUCUGAGAGUGAAGCCGAUAUUACCCACCUGUUUUAUGCGGAUGAUGCGCUUAUUAUGGGGAAUGGUCGCAAGAGAACAUUCAAAACACGGCUCGCAUUUUGA